CCUCAGGUGGAAUAAAAAUCGCACCCUCUGCGGGCUCGCGAGAUAAGCGGCGCAGCCUCAGGUGCCCCGAGCGAGCUACGAAUGGGGCUGGGCGAGCGCACGUGGAGCGUGUUUACAGAUAGCUGCCCCAGCGCCCGCGCCUCCCAGCGCCGGUUCCCGGGAGCCCCGCGCCCACCUGCCGGGACAGGACCAGCCUGAGCAGGGAUCAUGAGCCACGCAAAGUAAAGCAGCGGUUCGGCUGAAAGAAGACAUGAAAAAGAUAGUGGCAGUGCCACUCAAUGAGCAGAGGAAUUCUACCUAUAAAAAAUUGUUUGGAGUCAGUCUCCAAGAGCUUCAACAGCAGGGGCUCACUGAGAAUGGCGUUCCAGCUAUAGUGGGGAAUAUCGUGGAGUACUUGACAGAGCAUGGACUCAGCCAGGAGGGCCUUUUCAGGGUGAAUGGCAAUGUGAAGGUGGUGGAACAGCUGCGCCUGCAGUUCGAGAGCGGAGCGCCCGUGGAGCUGGGGAGAGACGGCGACGUGUGCGCGGCGGCCAGUCUGUUGAAGCUCUUCCUGCGGGAGCUGCCGGAGCGGGUGAUCACCGCAGCUGUACGACCCCGGCUCAUUCGGCUCUUCCAGGGUUCGUACGAUGACAGACAUGAUGCUCAGGAGAGUCGCUUAAGAGACUUAAUAAGAGAGCUGCCAGACACCCACUACUGCCUCCUCAAGUACCUGUGCCAGUUCUUGACAGAAGUAGCCAAGCACCACGUGCAGAAUCGCAUGAACGUUCACAAUCUCGCCACCGUGUUUGGGCCAAAUUGCUUUCAUGUGCCACCUGGGCUUGAAGGCGUGAAAGAACAAGACCUCUGCAACAAGAUAAUGGCUAAAAUACUGGAAAAUUAUAAUACCCUGUUUGAAGUAGAAUAUACAGAAAAUGAUAACCAGAGGUGUGAAAGCCUGGCCAGGCUUAUCAUAGUAAAAGAGGCCAGUUGUCAGAACUCCUUGCCCAUGCUUCUAACAAAAGACUUAGAAAGAGAGAUGCAGAAACCAUGUCCAAAAACCAGGAUCCCAAAGUCCAGGAGUGAGGGAUCUAUUAAGGCCCACAGGGUACCUCAACCGGAGCUAUCUGAUGGCGUUCCUCAGGUCAGCCUACGGCUAAGUCGUAGAAAACCCUGCUGGGAUGACAUGAAUUCAGCAGAGGAUGCUAGCAGUGCCAAGUUGGUAUCCAGUUCACAGGAAGAUGAAAGACCUAUGUCACCUUUCUAUUUGAGUGCCCAUGUAUCCCAGGUCAGCAAUGUUUCAACGACUGGAGAACUCUUAGAAAGAACCAUCCGGUCAGCUGUAGAACAGCAUCUUUUUGAUGUUAAUAGCUCCGGAGGCCAAAGUUCAGAGGACUCGGAAUCUGGGAGCUCAUCAGCAUCUUCCACCACGUCCACCAGGCAGCGCCGGCGCCCGUCCAAGGAGCAGGAUGAAGUUCGGUGCGGCAGAGACCUGGGACUUAUCAACAAAGAAAAUAUUCCUUCUGGGUUCACCAACCUUGACGAUUGUAUUUUGAAUGCUCCAGAAGUGGAAAAAUUACAUGAGAGUGCUUCUGGUUCUAUUGGAGAAAGGGGCAAACCCAAACGUCAGAAAUCCAGUUCUAAACUUUCUGAGCACAAUGAGAAUCAAGAUGGCCUUGUGAAUAUGGAAAGUCUCGGUUCCCCACCUUCUCACGAGAGGACUGCGCCUGAUGAUGUUGAACUGAUGUCCGAUGAAAGCAAAGAAAAUGAAAAAGAGGAUGGACACACCCAGCAUUUUGAGAGCUCCACAAUGAAGAUUCAGGAGCAUCCCAGCCUACCUGACACCAAACUGCAGAGGACUCAAGAUGCCGAUGACCAGCAGGAGAGCUUUGUCUCUGAAGUACCCCAGCUGGACCUGACUGCACUGUGUGAUGAGAAAAGCUGGGAAGAGCCCAUCCCUGCUUUCUCCUUGUGGCAGCAGGGGAGCGUGGACUCUGACGAGGCGCGCCUCUCCCCGCAGGCCGGGCGCCUGAUUCGUCAGCUUCUGGAUGAGGACAGCGACCCCAUGCUCUCUCCUCGGUUCUACGCUUAUGGGCAGAGUAGGCAAUACCUGGAUGACACAGAAGUGCCUCCUUCUCCUCCAAAUUCCCAUUCUUUCAUGAGGCGGCGCAGCUCCUCCCUGGGGUCCUACGAUGAUGAGCAAGAGGACCUGACACCUGCCCAGCUCACGCGAAGGAUUCAGAGCCUUAAAAAGAAGAUCCGAAAGUUUGAAGACAGAUUUGAAGAAGAGAGGAAGUACAGACCUUCCCACAGUGACAAAGCAGCCAAUCCAGAGGUUCUGAAAUGGACAAAUGACCUUGCCAAGUUCCGGAAACAACUUAAAGAGUCAAAGCUAAAGAUAUCUGAAGAGGACCUAAGCCCCAGGAUGCGGCAGCGAAGCAACACGCUCCCCAAGAGUUUUGGUUCCCAACUUGAGAAAGAAGAAGAGAAGAAGCAAGAUUUGGUAGAUAAAGCGAUAAAACCAAGUGUUGAAGCCACACUGGAAUCUAUCCAGAGGAAGCUCCAGGAGAAGCGGGCAGAAAGCAGCCGUCCCGAGGACAUUAAGGAUAUGACCAAAGACCAGAUUGCAAAUGAGAAAGUGGCUCUGCAGAAAGCUCUGUUGUAUUAUGAAAGCAUUCAUGGACGGCCGGUAACCAAGAACGAACGUCAGGUUAUGAAGCCGCUAUAUGACAGGUACCGGCUGGUCAAACAGAUCCUGUCCCGGGCCAACACCAUCCCCAUCAUUGGUUCCCCCUCCAGCAAGCGGAGAAGCCCUUUGCUGCAGCCAAUUAUCGAGGGCGAAACUGCUUCCUUCUUCAAGGAGAUCAAGGAAGAAGAGGGUUCAGAAGAUGACAGCAACAGCAAGCCAGACUUCACGGUCACUCUGAAAACCGACUUCAGUGCACGUUGCUUCCUGGACCAAUUUGAAGAUGAUGCUGAUGGGUUUAUUUCCCCAAUGGAUGAGAAAAUGCCCUCCAAAUGCAGCCAGGACACCGGGCUUUCAAAUCUCCAUGCUGCUUCAAUACCUGAACUCUUGGAACACCUUCAGGAAAUGAGAGAAGAAAAGAAAAGGAUUCGAAAGAAACUGCGUGAUUUUGAAGACAAUUUUUUCAGGCAAAAUGGAAGAAAUGUCCAGAAGGAAGACCGCACUCCGAUGACUGAAGAAUACAAUGAAUAUAAGCACAUAAAGGCGAAACUAAGGCUCUUGGAGGUGCUCAUCAGCAAGAGAGACACUGAUUCCAAGUCCAUGUAAGGGGGCACCCCAGCCCGAGUCAAGGGGGCUGGGGAUGCGGAGUGAACUUGCCACCUGCCUCCCCUGGUAAACAGCCGCUCUGCAGAAACUGGAAGGCAGCCUUGGAGCUGGACCUGCAAAGCAUGUAGCCUUCUGCCUCCAGGCCAUUGGGAUGGGCUCCAAUUUCCAUCGCCUGCCUUAGAAACCACCCAGAAGGAAGAAGGCAAUUUGCCCCGACUUAGGAAUUCUGUCAGGAAGAUCAAGAUUUCUGCGUGCCUCCUCGUGCGUACACAUGCACACACAGACACUAUAGUGGAAAUGUUACUAACACUAGCAGUGAUGAAUCACUACAUUGAGGCACACUCAUCUACAGAGAACACACACUGUUCUUCCCUGGGUAACUGAGAAACAUGAGACCAUUCUCUGUCUAGCUGUGACAGAAACAAGCUCAGGACUUCGUUCUGUGGAGCGAACGUACUGUGCAGGUCCAUGCUGUCUUUGGACCCAGUCAAGGGGGAACGUGCAUUGGAGCCCUAUCUGCUGCCGUGGCCAUUCUUGUGACCUUUGCACAGAGCUGCACCUCUCCCCUCUCAUGUGAAUUGUUCCCCUCCAGCUCUCAGGUAGAUGGAAGCUGCGUCUGCCCAUAUGGGUGGUACAAACAUCUAUUUGAAGGUGUGUUUCUUCAAGACUUCCUCAGCUGACAGAAUUUUGAUCCCUGACUAGGACUGGAUCAUCUGUAGAGGACGGAGGGAAUAUAGCAGUAGCUAUAUGAAUGCUGACUUUUAAAUCAGGUAACAGGGUGAAGAGCCUGGAGAAUUCUCUCUGGAACGUGGACCGCACUUAUCAGUCUCAGAUUUUAACAUCAAACACUAAGCGAGGCCAGCAUGCUAUGGCAACCUGUCUGAGGCUUAGUUUCGUUUGGGCACUAGCCAAACAUAAAGGAUUUUGCUUAAUUCUUAGCUUAAGUGUAGAGGAUCGUGAGAGAGGGAGAAAGAGCCUGUGUUCGCAGCCUCCUGAGUACUCACCAGAGUUUGAUUUUUUUUUUUUUAAAGGAAAGCUGCACUAAAAUCCUCUAACUGAGGGGUAAAUGCAGCCCUCAGAGCUCAGCCCAAGGCAGAAUCUAAGUCACGCUAUUUUCAAGAUCAUGUGUAAAGAGAACAAAUAAUGGUGUGUGGCCAAUUAUGGUUAUAAUUUUUUCAAAAACUGUGUCACAAAGCUGUCUAUAGUUAGACGUUUUGGAGGGACCAGGAAUUUAAGACACCAAAGCACUCAUCACUUCGGUGUGCUGAUGUCACUUUGUGAUUUGGUGUUACUUUGUGACUGUCUGUGUCUGCACUUAGGAGAGUGGGUUCUGGUUCGGCCUGUCCAUCCUCGGCCUGCGUUUGUGCUUUGUGAGGUCGAGCACAGGUGUCUGCACCCCAGCCGCUGCUGACGAGCGCAGGCGGCUCAGCAGGCUCUGCCUGUUGAAGGUGGUGGUGCAGGAUGAGCGAGACAGCAGGGGUGCCCUCCUGUCUGUUUUGAGAGUUGCCUUCUUAAAGGGUGCUAUUUUGUUUUGCUUAAUAAGGAAAAGAAAAUAAAGAGAAUGUAAAACUCUACUGACUAGUUGUCAGUUUCAAAAAAAAAAAUGGGUUCUUGAGAAACUGAUUGGCUUAGAUUUACAGCAGCAUUUCCCAUUGCUGAAGCGCGGGAGCAGCUCUGUCAGUUGAAAAUGGUUUAAGUCGGGAGUAGGAGAAAAAGAAUACCUUUAAGUUUGCUCUUAAAAAUAAUCAUAUAGAAGCAUGAACUGUGUGUUGGAAGUGCCCUGGUCUACUCCACCCACUUAAAGACGGUACAUAAUCCUACCAGUUUAAAUGUACAUGAAAAUAUAGUUUGGUAUUCUUUACUGUUUACAUUGCAGAUCACUAUAAUUUCAAGGAGUUAUAUUAUAAAUAAAUGAUGCACUUUAGGACCUUUUCUAUUUUUGAAAUCUGAACAUGAAUCAUUCACAUGACCAAAAAUUGAAUUUUUUUAAAAAAAAUACAUGUCUAGUCUGUCCUUUUUAAGUAAUUAUUCUCUUAAAUAAGCUAUCGUAGAAAUCAGAUCAUUACCAGUUAACUUGUAAAGCACAUCUGUUUGAGUAUUGUUUUGAAAAUACUAAUAUGCUAGAGUUUAAAAAGAAAAAAAGCUAUAUAAAUGAGAUGCUACUAAAUGUUUGAAAUCUGUUGUUUUUGCCAAAGUUAAGUAAAAGAUUUGUUCAGAAAUCGGCAUUCAAAUUUGUGUAAUUGAAUAAAAGAAAACAACAACUUAUAUAGUAAAAUAAAUUGUGUAUGGAAUGUCGUGUUUUCCUUUGUAAUUUCUCAUGAUCUGUACACUCCAAGAAUGGCACCCAGGUUAAGUGGGGAGCCCUGUUUAUGCUAGAUCCUAUUUGAAGACACGUUAGUCAGUAGGUUCUGGCUCUGCCAGAAAUGCUGAGGCAAAUUUGUUUCCACAGCAACCGUGUCUGCAGCCCAGGGUCUCGAGGCCCUAGAGGCAGUGUCUUAAUUGGCUUCACACAGAAUACUCUGGACUGGAGUUUUUCCUUUGCUCUCUUGGGAAUGUGUGUGUUUAUUAGCACAUGCCAACAAAAUAAAUGUCAAGGGUUAUUUAAUAACAAUGAUAAGUAAAGGUGAAGCGUGAAUAAACUUGAUUUUCUGAUCAUAAGAAUUAGAGAUAGCAGAGCCUUGUAAUUUUCACAAGCGUUUGCCUUGACUGUGUUCAGUCUGCAGUAAACAUUGAAAUAGAUGUUUAUAUUAGGCAUGGAAUCAUUACUGCAUUUCAUCUUUGCAUCAUUUAGUCCGGAUUUCGCUUUCUAGACAUGUUUGUGCAAGGUGUAGGAUAAGGGCCUGCUUAGAAGUUUCUCAAGACAGCCAAAGUUUGUCUUGUGCUGGUCAAAGGAAGCUGACAUUAAGCUCCCGAUCCAGGGAAAAUUUCUGUGAAAGAACAAGUCAAAUUUCAAACUGGAGAAUUUAUUUUUUUUAGUUGUUAGCUGUACUGCAUUGGGAGCUAAUAAUUAGAUUUCUUCCCUUCGGUUGCCAGUUUGGAGUUGAAUGAUUGUUAUUCAUUGCCAAGGCAGGCGUCGGUGAUGUCUCUGUGCAACACCACUGUAAUUUGCACUUCGUCUCCCUCUGAUGCAAUGCUUGCUCAUGGCAGACGAGCCUGGUGGAGGGUGUGCCUGCUCCCAGCUGUGGCAUUUCUAGCCUCAGACACAUGCCUCAAGCCUGUGCUGGCGUCAUAAAUAUUGCACUGAGACGUCCUGAGGCCAGCAGUCUUGGAGGCCCUGAAGGUGGAGCAUUUGUUAAUGUGGUUGAGCUUGGAAUUCGUUAUAAGUUGAAUAUUUAGCUCUAUUAUCAGGAUCAAGGGGCGGCCAUGUUGCCAAUUAAUUUGGUUCUUUCUGGGGCUUCCUAGUGCUCAGUAGACAGAAUUGGGCCCAGUCUCCAGAACUGAGCACAGAUUUACAAGGAAAAUCAAACUUUAAAGUUCAUGGAUUCACUUUUUUAAAGACAUUCUUAAUCUAGUAAUGAAGAUACCAUUUUUCUUAACAGUGAUACCUUCCUACUUUUGAUGGUAUAUUUAUAGUUGAACGCCAUACACUCUGAACUGCUUUGUGAAAAGUUGGUCGUAGUCUAAAUUCUAUUUUGCUUUCAAGAGGGAUCUUCCUGACACAUUGCUUCCUGGGAUUUUUUUUCCUGUAGGUGGGGAGAGGUGGUCUCUGCACCAAGAUCCACACCUCCUUGAUGUUCUUUUUCAGUAUCCGUGUGGUUACAUCCAUAGGGAGGGAUAAAACUACUAAAAUGUGAAGCAGUGUUUCUUCUGAAGCCCGUGGGUUUGGCAGAACCUGGAAUGUACUUUCCUUUGAUUCCCUUUUAUUUUUUUCCCCACUUGCCCCUCAAAACGUACUGAAGAGUACAUUCUGUCAAAAGACUGGCGAAACAUUUUCAAAUGUUAUAGAUUCAAAUUGCGUAUACUGGCACUUCACAUGAUGGCCAGCAUGGCAACAUCCAAACAAGAGUGACCUGUGUGUCAGGCCCUGCGCUGUGGCACUGGCCACUUCCCUGAGUAGACAUUGUGCCCCUGUGGGCAGCUGCAUUCCUCCACCGUGACCCUUCAUAAUAGGUGUAUGUAGAUAGGCUAUCGACUACAGAUUUGCACAGAUGUGUGUGUGAAAUGAAAUCCGGGCAUCGACAACUUCACAUUGCUGGGAAGCUGCAGUUAUGUCUCUAGAGAGUCUCAUUUGGUCUGGAAUCCGGCCAGUGGUGGUCCUGUGCGUGGCUCAAGAAAUCGGUGGGCAGGUCUAAUUCUCCAUCAAAAAGCACUAUACGUUCGUGAAACUGCACAGGUGGCUGCAUUUUAGUAAAUAAUAUGGGUCCAGAACAAUGUUUACAUGAAAUGUAAGCAGAAAGUAUUUGAAAUUACGGUUGUCCUUUUUUUUAAAAUGUAAACUGAAUGAAAAAUGUUAUGUGCAUUUUGGUACUGACUGUAUUUUGUAUAAACUGAAAUAAAAUAUUUUUAACUGCG